UCCUCCAGCUUCCUCCGCUGGAAUCCUGCAGGGGCUUCCCAGAGAGAGAGAGAGAGAGAGGCAGGAUGUCUGCUCCAGCCGAGGGCCUCCCCAGGCAGGCAGGGCCAGCCAGCCCCAGCCCACCUCCCCUCCUUCCCCAGACGGACUCCAGGGACAAGUGGAGCAAAAAGAUGGAUUUCCUCUUGUCAGUGAUAGGCUUUGCCGUGGACCUGGGCAACAUCUGGAGGUUUCCUUAUAUCUGCUACCAGAACGGAGGCGAAGAGGUUACUUGUUUAGAAAAAGGUGCUUUCCUCAUCCCGUACACCCUGAUGGCGGUUUUCGGAGGGGUGCCCCUCUUCUACAUGGAGCUGGCCCUCGGGCAAUUCCACCGUGUGGGCGCCAUCCCUAUCUGGAAGCACAUCUGCCCCAUCUUUAAAGGCAUUGGCUUCGCCAUCUGCAUCAUCAACCUCUACGUCGCCUUCUACUACAACACCAUCAUCGCCUGGGCUCUCUACUACUUCUGUUCCUCCUUCACGGACACCCUGCCCUGGACAAACUGCGACAACCCGUGGAACACGCCCAACUGCACCAGCUAUUUCGGCAGGCACAACGUCACCUGGACUAAUCACUCCAAAUCCCCCGCCGAGGAGUUUUACAUGAGGAGAGUUCUCGAGCUCCAGAACUCGCAAGGGCUGUACCACGUGGGUGGGAUCCGUUGGCAGCUGCUCCUCUGUCUCUUCUUCAUCUUCACCAUUGUCUACUUCAGCCUUUGGAAGGGGGUCAAGACCUCUGGGAAGGUGGUGUGGGUGACAGCCACACUGCCCUACGUGGUCCUGCUGGUCCUGCUGGUCCGCGGUGCUACUCUGCCUGGAGCCUGGAAAGGGGUCGUCUUCUACCUGCGACCCAACUGGGAGAAGCUCACCAGCACCGCCGUUUGGGUUGAUGCAGCCGCCCAGAUCUUCUUCUCCCUGGGGCCAGGAUUCGGGGUCCUCCUGGCUUUAGCCAGUUACAAUCCGUUCAACAACAACUGUUACCGAGACGCCAUCAUCACCAGCGUCGUCAACUGCCUCACCAGCUUCCUCUCUGGGUUUGUCAUUUUCACCGUUCUGGGCUACAUGGCGGAAAUGAGGGACGUGGAGGUGGAGGACGUGGCCAGAGACAAAGGUCCCAGCCUGCUUUUCAUCACAUACCCUGAAGCCAUUGCCAACAUGGUUGGGUCAACGUUCUUCGCCAUCAUCUUCUUCCUCAUGAUGAUCACUCUGGGACUGGACAGUACGUUUGGGGGCCUGGAGGCUGUGAUCACGGCCAUCAUGGACGAGUACCCCCAAGUCCUGGCCAAGCGACGGGAGCUGUUUGUCCUGGGGCUGAUCACCGUGUGCUUCCUCGGCUCCCUGGCCACACUGACCAACGGCGGGUCGUACGUCGUGAAGCUGCUGGAGGAGUUUGGUGCCGGCUGCUCCAUCUUAGCCGUGGUCCUCUUGGAAGCCAUCGCGGUCUCCUGGUUUUACGGAAUCCACCAGUUCUGCAGCGACGUAAAAGCCAUGCUGGGGUUCUCUCCGGGAAUCUACUGGCAGGUCUGCUGGGUGGCUGUCAGCCCAGCCUUCCUUGCUUUCAUCAUCAUCAGCUCCCUCCUGGACCAGCCACCCCUCGCGCUGUUCGACUACCAAUAUCCAGACUGGAGCAUCUCAGUCGGGUACCUCGUGGGCGCCUCGUCCUUCAUUUGCAUCCCCGUGUACAUGGUCUACAAGCUGGUCUGGACCCCAGGGUCACUUAAGCAGCGCCUUGCGGUGUGUCUCCGGCCAGAGAAGACCAUCCGGGAGCACCAGCAGGGUCCCGCCAGCGUGCUGCCCUCCGCGGCCCCCUAAUUCCCUGCUUUGGCUUCCCCACCCAAGGAACAUCCAGACGGCUCUUUGGAAAACCAGCCAGCACAACCAACCCAGAACUAGCAGCAGGAAGCAGGGAAGCCCCCCUCCCACGCCAUGGCUGCGUCUUUGCUCCUUUCCUUCGGGUCCGGAUGCUGCUGUGUCUGGAAUCGACUUCUACCCACAGCUUAGUUCUCUUGCAGGCGUGAGAGAAGCUGGGCUACAGUUCCUCCUCGAACAAGGCACAGGAGGAGCUUCACCUGUUUUCUUCUGCCUCUGGCCACCCCAUCGAGACUCAGUUUCCACGCCAGCAAAUCAUUCCCAAACCUGAGUUUCUGCUUUGGAGGCAUCACUGCUCUGGAACCCAGGGGUUCUCCAGGCUGGAGCCUGGAAUGUUGUGGGAGUGCAGCUCCCAUCAUUUCCAGCCACCGUGGCCAAAGGCAUGAUGGGAGUUGCAGUUCAACACUUGGGGACCCACGUUUGAGAACUCUGGCAGUCAUCUGGUAUCACUUGGUGUGUUUGGUUUAUCACAGUGUUUUGGGAAUUGUCAGUUUCGGUCUAGAGUGACUCUAGUCUACUUUUGCUCUGAUAUGUAGAAACAGCUCUGGCUAUUACUUCUGGAGGACCUUUACAGAGCAAGGAGAGGAGUGUUAUCAGUGGCUUGUCAGUGUCGGCAGAGGAAGCUGCCAUUAUAAGCACAAGAGCAGGGAUCAGGAAGAGCAGUUGGCAACCCAAGCCUCUUCUAUGAUAAAUGCUUUUUAAAUAUAUGGAUUCUGCCCUUCUCCCUCUGUACUAUCUGAUUUUAUUAUAUGUAGCUGAACACACUGUGCAUUUUAUGUGUCUGUAGAGCAAACCUCUUGUCGUCUGUAAUGAACUCUAGCGUGUUUUGGUGUGGUGCAAGAGAGGAAGGGGUUGCUCUUAUGGUUGCUUCUCAGUUCUCUUUUGAAAGACAGUUUCAAUUCAAGCAGACGCUGAUCACCAUUGCCAAUGCUUUCCAGAAAAUGUCCUGGGGAAAUCCAGGAGCUUGUUGUUGCAAAGUUUGUUGGUAUGCUUGACUUAGUGAGUAUCUCUAAUGAAUUAAAGCAACUACCACCAGGAAAUGGGUGGCA